AUGGCUGAGGCAGUUGUUUCCUUUGUGCUCGAAAGUGUCAGAGACUUCACCAUUCAGGAAGCCAAGUUCUUGUCUGGAGUCAGCCAACAAGCUGAGGUCGUACAAACUGAGCUACAAUUGAUGCAGGGCUUCCUCAAAGAUGCAGAUGCAAGACAAGGACAAGAUGAAACAGUCCGUAUUUGGGUUGCCAAGAUUAGAGAUGCUGCUUAUGAUUUGGAGGAUGUCAUCCAAACUUAUGGCUUGAAAGUGGUUUCCAAGAAGAAAAGAGGUGUGAAGAAUGUUUUGAGAAGAUUUGCCUGCAUCUUCAAGGAAGGGGUUGAUGUGCACAGGAUUGGGAAAGAAAUUGAGAAUAUCACCAUCAGAAUUUCUGAGUUGAGGUCGAAUUUGCAGAAGUAUAACAUAAAGGAACUAACAACGGACAGAGACGGUAAUGAUGGUGAAUCUUCCUUGCAAUUGCAAGAGAGGCUGAGGAGAACUCGUUCUCAUGUUGUUGAAUGUGAUGUUGUUGGGUUAGAGUCCAACGUUGAAGAAUUGGUUAUGCAUUUGGUGAAAGAUGAAAACCGUCUUCAAGUUGUAUCUGUUUGGGGUAUGGGCGGUUUAGGGAAGACCACCCUUGCAAGACAACUUUAUCAUCACAAAGAAGUAAGGCAGCAUUUUCAUAGUUUUGCUUGGGUCUAUGUAUCUCAACGUUUUCAAGAAAGAAAUGUUUGGGAGGGAAUUAUAUUUGAAGUCAUUUCUGCUACCAAGGAACAAAAACAAGAAAUGAAGGACAUGACAGAUGAUGAAAUAGCAAAGAAGCUUUUCCGUGUUUUGCAAAAAAUGAAAUGUUUGGUGAUCCUUGAUGACAUAUGGAGAAUCGAGACAUGGAAUCUUUUGAAUGCUGCAUUUCCAAAUGUAGAAACAGAGAGCACAAUAUUGCUUACUACACGCAAUCAAAAAGUAGCCACGCUCCCAAAUAGAAAUGCUUUUCUCCACAAACUCCAGCCACUGAAUGAUAAUGAGAGUUGGAACCUACUUGAGAAGAUAGCAAUUUUUGGCCAAAAAAAAACAAAUUUGGGAAUGUACACAAAAAAGAGAGAAUUAGGAACGAAUAUGCUUCGACAUUGUAAAGGUUUGCCAUUAGCCAUUAUUGUACUUGCCGGAGUUCUAGCAAGAAAAAACACUGUUAGAGAGUGGGAGAUAGUCACUACUACGAUUUACUAUUUGCGCGACGAACAAACUUUCGUCGCGCAAGAAGCACUGUUGCGACGAAAAAAAAAUUUCCGUCGCGGAAACAAUCUAUGCGCGACGUAA